AUGUCUUAUAGCUUAACACAAAUAAAGAAGUAUGCAUGUGACUCGAUAAAAAAUAUCAUUCCACUAGAUGACGAAUCUGUCAAUGAAAUGAUAAAUUAUACAUUGUCAAACUACAAAACAAGAAACGAUAUAAGUUCACAUUUGCUGGACAUCUUAGGACCAUCUGAAGCAUCAUUUCAAUUUGUGAACACCUUUUGCAAUAUGCUCUUGGGUAGCUCGAGUAAGCACCAAGAAGAAGCAAAUAAACCUGAGGAUAUGAAGGCAGUGGCUAUAGGUGCAAAGAAAGCACAGAGUGUUCCCAAGGGUAAAAUAACAGGUGUUAGGUUAGUCAAGGUCAAGCAAGCGCCUUCUACCAAAAGUGAAAAUAAGGGCCGAAUGGCAAACAAUACCCGGAAGGGAACAAAUAUAUCUGAGAUGUUUGAUAAUAAACCUAGCACAGUUGCCAAGACUAAACUGAAAUCCAAGGAAGUUCGAAAGAAAGUAGAGAGUAUCCAAGAAUUGGAUGAUUUGUUAUUACAGCUCGAGAUAUCUGAGGAGAAAAGGAAUACUGGGGAUGUACGCGUCUGUAACUGUAAUGCAACUAGACAUCCAUUGUUUGAAAUGUAUCCUAAUUGUUUGAAUUGUGGUAAAAUAAUAUGUUCAAAGGAAGGGCUCCAACCAUGUUCUUUCUGUGGGAAGUCUUUGAUCAGUGACGACGACAAAAACGAAAUGAUGAACGUGAUAGAAAUUGAGAGGAAAGCGUUGGAGACGGAAGCUGACAAGGGACCGCCAGCGCCGGAGAAUAUGCCAAAGAAGAAGAAGAAUGUUAUCAAGAUCACCCUCAACAAUACAGGGCAAAACAACUUCAAGGUUCAGGAGCAACUCUAUAAACAAAUUAAAAGCCAUCAAACCGAAAGGAAAGAACUGGAAGAAGCAAGGAAACAAGAGGAAGAGGUCAUUGAACAAAACAAAAGGGAGUUGGAGUACUAUAAAUCAAUGCAUAAGAAAGAUGAGGAGUUAGUCAAAGCCGAGGAGAGAUUGGCAAUGCUGCUCAAUUUCCAAGAUAAUGGUGCCGAACGUACCAAGAUUAUAGAUCAUGCGUCUGACUUUGAGGUGCCAACUGGGGGUGGUUCACUCUGGGCUUCCCCCAUUGAGAGGGUCUUGCAAUUCAAGAGGCAGCAAAAGCAGCAAAAACGCUUGCACGAUAAAGAGCUGUCUAGAAGUGGCCGGGGAGAAACUGUUCUUCAUUUGUCCAUUGAGAAUGGCCAGGCGGUGCUUAAUGACAGAUUAAACGAAGCUGAUGGGCUCGACGAUGAUCUUUCUGACGACGAGGAGAUCCGGGAAUUAAAAGAGAAGUUGAACCAUGAAAAGAAGCUACAAUUUAACAGAGAUAUCCAGAACGUCUAUGACCCUGACAAAUUCAAUGAAAAGUUAGUGAAACCUAUAUACAAAGGGACCAAAACGUCCUCUAGCUCGGACAUGGACUCUCAGGCUAUGGUCUCUGGACUCCCGCCUCUAGGGACUGUCGUCCAGAUGGGGGAUAUGGAAGAGCAAGAAAACCAGCUCUUUACUAUGGUUGGCGUUUAA